GUUUCUUUGUUUAUGUUUUGAUGUCUGAGGUUUUUCUCCCUCAUGGAACUCAUUUGAACAUUUAUUUUUUGUUUUUCAAUGUUUCUCAAAUCAUUCUAAUCAAGUGAAAUGUUUUAAUAUUUAAUUAAUAAUGAGACGAAGCCUAGCCCCUAGCCAGGUCGGCUCUAGCGACAAUGUUUUCAAGAGUCCGCUGCUCCAGAAGUCGCAACGAAAGAAGCGGGAAUGCACAAAAAUACAAUUAUCUCAAAAGAUUACCGCUUCGCAAUCGAUGUCUACAUCCGAGCACGAGGCUUUGAUACGGCAGAUACUGAACAAGCCCUUUAAAGUGCCGAUUCCGAACUAUGUGUCGUCUUAUUGCGGUAAGAGCUUGGGUCUGAAGCGGACACAGGUGCGGCGCGCGCUGCACGACCCCGACGAGCCCAAUGCCCUCGUGCUGUACCGCCCACCACACCUCCCCGAGCACGAGAGGAUGAAGAUGAACCCCAACGACAUCAAUGUAGCCGUCGUCGUGGACCCCGUGCUGGGCAACAUACUGCGGCCCCAUCAGAGAGAGGGCGUCAAGUUCAUGUACGACUGCGUCACGGGGAAACAGAUCGAAAACGCAUUCGGUUGCAUUAUGGCCGAUGAAAUGGGGCUUGGAAAGACCCUGCAAUGUAUUACUCUACUGUGGACUCUACUGCGUCAAGGACCACAGUGUAAACCUACCAUUUGCAAAGCUAUCAUAGUGUGCCCAAGCAGUUUGGUCAAGAACUGGUACAAUGAGAUAGGCAAGUGGCUGGGCUCCAGGAUCAAUGCUCUGCCAAUGGACGGAGGAUCCAAAGCAGAGAUCACACUGAAACUGCAGCAGUUCAUGAACACAUACUCUGCCACGAGGGUGGCAACACCAGUCCUCAUCAUCUCAUAUGAAACAUUCAGGAUAUACUCCAACAUCCUGCAUUCAUCAGAAGUGGGCCUGGUGCUCUGCGAUGAAGGACACAGACUCAAGAACAGCGAGAACCAAACUUAUCAAGCACUGAUGGGAUUGAAGGCCAAGAGGAGGAUACUCAUCUCUGGCACCCCAAUACAGAAUGACCUGACUGAAUACUUCAGCUUGGUCUCCUUUGUCAAUGAAGGCAUACUGGGGACUGCACAUGAGUUUAAGAGAAAGUAUGAGAAUCCCAUACUGAAGGGACAGGAUGCCCUCGCCAGUGACUCAGAGAGGGAGAAAGCCCAGGAGUGUCUCCAGACCCUCACAUCUAUUGUGAACAAGUGCAUGAUCAGGAGGACCAGUGGUCUACUCACCAAGUACCUGCCAGUCAAGUUUGAGCAAGUCAUUUGCGUCAAAAUGACUCCCCUUCAGACACAGCUGUACAAGAAUUUCAUAAACUCUGAUUCAAUCAGGAAUAAAUUCUCCGGAAAUGCAGAGAAAUCUGGCAACACCCUGAGUGCCCUGUCCAGUAUCACCACUCUGAAGAAACUCUGCAACCACCCAGACCUCGUCUAUGACAAAAUUGUGGAGAGGUCUGAGGGCUUUGAAAAGGCAUUGGAUCUGUUGCCCAGUCACUAUGACAUCAAGGAUGUGAAGCCAGAGUUUUCAGGAAAACUGAUGAUCUUAGACUGCAUCUUGGCCAACUUGAAAACCAACACUGAUGACAAAAUAGUCUUAGUAUCUAACUACACACAAACAUUGGAUCUGUUUGAGAAGCUGUGCAGAAAGCGGUGCUAUCAGUAUGUGAGGCUAGAUGGGUCCAUGACUAUCAAGAAACGAGCCAAGGUUGUUGAGAGCUUCAAUGAUAAAGACUCUAAAGAGUGGAUCUUCAUGCUCAGCUCAAAGGCAGGUGGUUGUGGACUGAACCUUAUUGGAGCCAACCGGCUCAUCAUGUUCGACCCGGACUGGAACCCGGCUAAUGACGACCAGGCCAUGGCGCGAGUCUGGCGAGACGGCCAGAAGAAACCCUGCUACAUCUACAGGCUCCUAGCAACAGGAACCAUUGAGGAGAAAAUAUUCCAACGCCAAGCUCACAAGAAAGCUCUCAGCGACACUGUUGUAGACCAAAAUGAAGAAUCCUUAAGGCAUUUCACUUCAGACGACCUGAAGGACUUGUUUAGGCUUGAAGAGAACACACUAUCAGACACUCACAGCAAGUUCAAGUGUAAAAGAUGCGUGAACAACAUACAAGUGACAAUUCCGCCGGAGAAUUCUGACUGCACAUCGGACUUAUCCAACUGGUAUCACUGUGCAGACAAGAAGACUCUAGCUGACAUGGUGCUGAAGCAAUGCUGGGAUCUAGCUAAGACCAUCUCGUUUGUGUUCCACCACAGAUCAGCCAAGGUCGAAGCCAAGGAAACUGAUAAAGAGGAAGAAAAAGAGAAUGUACAGGUUGUAAAGAGAAGGAAGGUGGAAGUAGAUGAAGAUUAUUCGGAGCCCGAUGACAGCAAUGAUGAGGAUUAUGAAUAGAAU